GUUUUGGAAGUUGGGAAAGGAAGGCAGUAAGUUUCAUGCCAUUGUGAAAAUCGGAGAAAUACUACUGCUGUUUGUCAAAAUUCUUCAUAUUAUACUCAGUCUGCCAUGGCACCAUGUACAGGGAAAACUUUUCCAGUUGGCUGAGGAGUUGCUGGAAAUUCUGGAUACAUGGUACAGGGCAGCAGCUAAGAUAGGGAUAAGGAAGAUGAAAGGGGUUAUAGUCAUAAAUAAGAUUCAGAUGGUUUUUCUUUAGGUUAGGUUAGCUUUGUACUGAUGUGGUAGCUAGUUAUUCACCUGAUAAUAUGGAAUCUCAACAGAAUUAAAAAGGAGGUAAAGUCAAAAGAGUUUUGGAACCAAGUUACCAUCCUAGGCAAGUAAACUACAUCCUCAUCUGCAAUUAGCAAAUAAAUUACCCCCUUGUCUUUUUCUCCUCUUCUGCAAUUAGGCCCCCGUUCAGAAAGGUCUUUAUUUACCUUCCUGAACUGGGGGCCUUGAACCUGAAAACCAAAAACAUCUAUACAAUGCAGCUUCCAAGAGAAACUAGAAUCUCCUAACUCCUUGUUUCACUCUCCUGUUUAAGGCAAGUUGCUGCAUAGGGCAGAAAGACUGAUUAAGAUAAAGUACAUAAAUCUCCAUGGCUGGCAUCUGUGUGCCUCCUUGAAAUUGUUUUUUCUGCAGAACCGCUGAGCUGGGUGCAGAAGCCAAGUCUGUUGAAACUCACAGGUCUUUAGUGGAAAACAGACUCCUAGCAUAUCUCAGGUUUCUCACCUACAACUUUAAAAUUUAAGACCUACUUUUCCCUUACUAUAAUGACAGUAUUCAGGAGAGCUUUUCAGAUUUUUUUCCCCCUAGAAUCUUGGUCAAACUAGGCAUGUGGUGCAUCAUUUGUCUUCCUUUUGGACCACACUCUAGCUGCUUGUUGUCUGACUGUGGCCCUCCCAGGCUGAGCUGGCUCACACAUUCACCUCUUGUGAGGCUCCACACAGCCUCAAGCAGGCUCACCGACAGCAAUUCUGGGCCCCCCUAGAAAGGUAUGGCUGAGGUUUACGACGCAAUCGAACAAAGUACGACUGCCCUUCUUACUUUUUUCAAGUAGGGCUUCUUUGUCUUGUUUUUCUCUCAGUUUCUGAGCUCGGGACUUACGUUUGUACUCCAUAAUGAACAGUAAGGACCGAUUCGAAAUUCCAUACUCCACAUUUCAUUUGAGAUGUCACACGCUUACUCAGGCUGCUGUUGCUGAUGCUCUGUGGUGUAAAAAUAAUGGUGAAGAACAUUUCAGACAAAGUGUGAUAUUUAAGUGUGGCACUGUCAACUUCAAGUCCAGAUCUAGCAAAGCACUUCAGCUAGUUUUCUCAAAGGAGCCUAGUGAAAUUAGGGACACGUUUCCUGUUAAAACUCCAAAGGGAUUUGGGCACCUAACUCCCUUUGAAAAUCCCAGCCUGAAUAACCUGAUUAACUUUAAUGGUGCCUGUGGUAACUUUGCUACACAGGGUCCUAAAUACGUAUAUUGUAAAUAAAUUAAUAUAUUUCAGGAAUAAAUUAAUCUGCUUCAUUAGCCCUCACUGAACGUUGUCAUUUCAGAUCUAAUCUAGAGAACAAUAUUUGGCACUUUAGGAUUAAUUGGCACUAAUAACAUUUAGUACUAGGGGUAACUGCAUUUUUUAAAAGGAGACUGGGAUACUCUGGAUAUCCCUUUAUGGGGCUGUAGAAUAACUUUUAACUUGAUCAUAAAUUUUGAUCACAUGACUUGUGUUAAUCUUUUCUGUAACAAGAGAAAGUAAGAAUCCACUUGAGAGAAGAUUUUAAAAUAUGUCAGAACUUAAUAUAUUGAUCCAUUCUGAGUAAGUACAGGUAUAUAACAGAGAUCUCCAUUUAUUUGUGUUUCUAUGGAACUAGAUGCACAAGAAGUCUUGGGAAAAAAGGAUCACUCAGUAAAGAAAAUUGCACUCCAUGUGAAACCAUGGCAAGCGGAGAAUAUCCAAGAACUCCCACAAAUGACUUCAUCCCUAGUUGUACUUGAAAAUAUACAAGAGACUUUAAAACAAUACAUGUUAACUAUGCUGGUGGAAAACAUCAGUGGCUUAUCAGAAGAUGACAAUGACUUCAGUAUGGAAAUGAUACCUGAAAUUAAUGUGGCUGUAGUUACAUUUAUCAAAGAUAUUGAUCUAAGGGAAUUUGUUAAAAAGUUCAACCAAAACCAUAGGGCGAAGCAACAAAAUAUUACAGCACGGCAUCUUGAGGUGACAAAAAGCAUUAAGGCUGAAAAUUUACCACCUAACAUAUCUAAUGACUAUAUAACUGUCUACUUUGAAAGUAAAAGAAAUGGAAGUGCACAAGUGUCAAAUGUAGAACAGUUACCUGAAGAGAAUUCAGCUAUCAUUACUUUUCAUUAUCAGAAAGAUGUAAACACUGUCUUGGCAAAGCAGCAUUCACUCAACAAAGUACCAAUUUCUGUGUAUCCGUACUACAGCUCAUUGGGUACAGCUCUAUAUGGAAAGGAAAGGCCUCAAAUAGAGAUGCCAGAACCAAUGACAAUGUCUCUGGAUCCUUACAUCUGGCAGUUUUUACAGAUGGAUAAUAGGCUAAUCCAGGAAAUAAAUCAUGAAAUGGCAGAUUGCAAAUGUGAACUAAUGUGGCCUCAACCCAACUGUGCAAAUCCAGAAAUAACACUGUGUCCCUCAAAUGCCUUAUCUAAACAGAGAUCAAUGAUCAGGUUGAUCAAGACAUGGAAUGAAGAUGUUGCUAAAAAGUUCUUAUGUAGCAUGUCAAAGUACAAGGCCAUUAAAUGUGAAGUAAAUUCAGUGGUGUGGGAAGCCAUAAGAAACAGCUUGGUAAAAGAUGGUGUUUUGGUCGUACCUGACAUUCCCAAGAACGUGGUUUUCUUAGUAGGUAAGACAGAGAUUGUGAAGGGUGCAGAGCAAGAACUGAAGGAGCAAAUAAAAAAUGCCAGGAAAAAAAUUGAAAGAGAAAAGCAGAGCAUAGAACAAACUCUGUCAGUUGGCCCAGGAAAGUAUGCAAUUUUACACCUUGCUGGUCUAGAGGAGAAUGUUUACAAGGAGUACCCGUCUCUGAAGAUAUGUUGUGAUGCAUCAUCAAAGAGUAUUCAUCUGUGUGGAGCAGCUGCAGAAGUAUUUAAAGUCAAAAGUGAAAUACUAGAAAAAGUGCACAGAAUGGCACAGAAAUCAAUCAAUGUCCAUCCUUACAUUUUCCAGUUCCUACAACACGUAGAUAAUGAAACACUGUCACAGCAGUUAUUUAUGUCAAAUCAAAUUAUUGCCUUUUAUGAGCUUGGCACUGAUAACAUAAUGCUGAUAGCAGGUUCUCCUGACGUUCUUCUCGAUGCAGAAGAAGAAAUGAAGAAGGAUUUGAUUUACAAAUGCAUUGACCUGGAGGACAACUCAGUCCUCAAAAAGAGAGAAUGGAAGGAGCUCAUCAGUCAUUUGUCCAAGGCACAUAACUGUUCCAAGGAAACUGUAAUAAUUAUUGAGUUGGAGAAUCAAGUAGUCAUUGCUGGUUAUUUCAGACCAGUAGCAGAAGCAUAUCAGCAACUUUCUGAUUUUGUAGAUAAACACACUCAGGUACAAAAAGUCAUCAUCGCUAAGUCUGUGGCAGUUGUAAUGUUUGUGGAGAAGGCAAAGUUCAAUAUUUGGCUUGAAUUAAAAAAGAAAGGUGUGAAAAUUGAAUUUGGCACACAGAAUAAACGUAAAGGUAUUUUCCUGAGUGGACCAAGAGUGGAAGUGUUCCAGGCGGUCACCAAAAUUGAAGAAAUUCUGUCUUCUCUACAUUCAGAAAAUGUGGUAAUUGAUAAACCAGGGGCCAAGGUGUUUUUUAAAGAACAAGAACACUUGUAUGUGACUGGUGUGAAACAACAAUUUAACUGUCUGAUCAGGCUGCAAGAAGCUGGAGAAGAACAAAGAGAAGAUGGUGAAGUUAGUAAUGUGUAUAAGAAACAAGGCCAGCCCCACUGUGAAAAGAUCCUGCAAAAUGGAGUUGUAGUAGCAGUUUAUAAAGGGGACUUGUGCAGUCAUCCAGUUGACGUUGUGGUGAAUGCAUCCAAUGAGGACUUAAAGCAUAUUGGUGGCCUUGCUGAGGCCCUUUUAAAAGGUGCAGGGCCAGAACUACAAACAGAAUGUGACCGUAUUGUGUGGAAACGAGGCCCUUUGCAGCCUGGCCAUGCUGUUAUUACAGAUGCUGGGAACCUCCCAUGUAAACAGGUGAUUCAUGCUGUUGGGCCCAGGUGGAGAGAUCAUGAAGCAGAAAAGUGCAUGCGCCUGUUAAAAAGAGCAGUAAAGGAAAGCCUACACCUGGCUGAAACAUACAAUCAUCAUUCCAUAGCCAUCCCUGCUAUCAGCGCCGGGAUUUUUGGGUUCCCAUUAAAAUUGUGUGCACAUUCAAUUGCAACAUCUAUCAAGGAAACGUUGGAAGAUUCUCCAGGGGAAAGCUGCUUGAAAGAGAUUCAUCUUGUGGACUCUUCAGAGAAAACAGUUCAGGCUUUCACUGAUGCCUUCAAAGACGUGUUUAGAGAUCAAUCACCCCGACACAUUUCGUCACCUCCAUCUGAAGCAGCCUUCAAGCCCAGAAAAAGUAGAAAUGCUCGAAGUAGAAAGGGUCUCCAGAUGGUAACAACCGAUGAAGGAUUAAGCAUCAUACUGGAGAAAGGAGGCAUCGAAGAUGCUACAACGGACGUCGUCGUAAACAGCGUUGCCCGAGAUCUACAGCUUGAUAAAGGUCCACUCUCUAAAGCCUUGCUGAGCAAGGCAGGUCCGAUGCUCCAAGCACAAUUAUAUGAAGAAGGCCUACCAGAAGUAGCUAGUGAAGGGUCUGUGUUCAAAACAGAUGGAUAUAAUCUGGGCUGCCGUUUCGUGCUUCAUGCCAUUGUUCCUGGAUGGAAAAAUGGGCAAGAAUCUGCACAGAAGCUCCUAAGAGACAUCAUCACAGAAUGUCUUCAGACUGCUGAGCAACUGUCUUUAAAGUCAGUCACAUUCCCAGCAAUUGGAACAGGGAAUUUAGGGUUUCCUAAGCCUGUUGUUGCUAAAUUAAUGUUUGACCAGGUGUUCAAAUUCAGUCGUAAAAAAAAUAUUCAGUUUCUUCAGGACGUUCACUUUCUGUUGUAUCCAAAUGAUACAGAUAAUAUUCAGGCAUUUUCAGAUGAACUGCAAAUUAGAGCAAGUGGAAAUAUUACCAAUGUCAAAAUGCACAAGCUGGUGCCCGAGAAUGCCAAGCAAGGACAAGCUUUCUUUGGGCCCAUUUCAACCCCAAAACAGGGAGUGCAUGAAAUGCAGAUUGGUUCCAUUACAUUCCAAAUAGCAAGUGGAGACAUUACCACACAAAAGACGGAUGUCAUUGUAAACAUAUCAAAUCAAACGUUUAACCUCAAAGCAGGUGUCUCUAAGGCAAUUCUGGAAGGUGCUGGACCACAGGUUGAAGCAGAAUGUGCUCAGCUAGCCUCACAACCUCACGAUGACCUUAUAACCACACAAGCAGGAAACCUGAUGUGCAAAAAAAUAAUUCAUCUUGUUGCCCUGAACGAUACCAAAUCUUUUGUCUCCAAAGUGCUCCAGGAGUGUGAACUGAAGAAGUACACAUCGGUUGCCUUCCCAGCAAUUGGAACAGGUCAGGCAGGCCUUGAUCCAGCAGUAGUAGCUAAUAACAUGAUGGAUGCUGUAGUUGAUUUUGCAAGUGAUAAAUCUGUUCAAAUUGUGAAAAACAUUAAAAUUAUCAUCUUCCAGCCACAACUACUAAGUGUGUUCCAUGCAAACAUGCAGAAAAGAGAAGGUACUGCUAAAGUACCUGAUGCACCUGCAUCAGAGUCCUUCUUGUCAAAAUGUGCUUCAUUCUUCGGCUUGGGAAAACGUGCUACAGAAAAAAAGCCUGCAAUGGUUUUGCAAAAAAAAAUUGAGAGAACUGUUUUUCAGAUUUGUGGUGAAAGCCAAAAAAACAUGGAAGAUGCUAUAUCCUGGAUUAAAAACCUGAUUUUAAAGGAACAGCAUGAAAGCAGUAUCUCAGAUGAAUGGAUUUCAAGCUUUGAUGACCAGGAAUAUAAGGAACUGGCAGACCUCCAGAAGAAACUGUCCAUUCAGCUGGAAUACAAGUAUCCUGUGCCUUUAAUUCGAGUUUCUGGUGUUACCAAAGACGUCUUGCGUGCUUGCUUGGAAAUUCAAGGCAUGAUCAAAAGAGUUAGCUCGGUUCAAGAAGAACAGUCCAAGGCAGAACUUCUCAGCAACCUAGUUGAGUGGCAAUAUAUAGAAAAUAAUCAGUACCUGCCUUUUGACAGCCUAACAAAUCUACGCUUAGAGGAUGCUGCAGCAUUAAACCAAAAAGAGAUUAACAUCACCAUUUGGAAUAAAAACUAUCAAGUGGAUCUGGAAGCCAAACGUGCUAUAGAUGACAAAGGGAAAAGUAUGGCCAUUCUACGAAUCUCAAAAGAUGAAGGUAAACAGUUAAUAGCUCUCCCUGAAGAGUGGUGUGAUAUGAAACAAGAACGUGUCAAAGUGAUGGAGUUACAUCAAGAAAUGAAAGAAUAUCGAGAUGUUCAGAUGAAGUUUCAACAGACGUGUUCAGCAUUCAAAAUUGAAAAGAUUGAAAGGAUACAAAAUCCUUACUACUGGCAGGCCUACCAAAUAAAAAAGCAGGAGAUGGAUUCCAAAAAUGGCAAUACAAAUAAUGAGAGGCUUCUAUUUCAUGGAACAACAAGUGGCUCAUUAACCAUUAUUAAUCAUAAGGGGUUUAAUCGCAGUUACGCCGGAAUGAACGCUGCAUGCUAUGGGAAUGGAACCUACUUUGCUGUCAAUGCCAAUUAUUCUGCCCAUGAUACCUACUCAAAACCAGAUGCAAAUGGGAAAAAAUACAUGUACCUGGCCCGAGUCCUCGUUGGAGAAUAUUGUGCUGGACAAAAAGGAAUAAUUGCACCACCAUCAAAAAACAACACUGAUCCGACAGAUCUGUUUGAUAGUGUGACUGACAAUAAGACAAAUCCAUCAAUGUUUGUCAUAUUUAAUGACAUUCAAGCUUACCCAGAAUAUCUUAUUACUUUCACUAAAUAAGCAUUCUUUGUUACAUGCAAGAGACUUUUAAUCUUUAUUUUGUAAGAUUACCUCAAAGACCAUAAAUUAAUGAGAAAAAAUUUGCAAUGAAGGAUGGUAAAACAUAUUUUACUAUGUUAGCUUUUUAAAGUUUGAUUGUUAUGUAUAUGCCCAGUUGCUUAAAUAUAAUUCUGUAAUAGUCAAAAAACAAGAGAGCCUACUUAUAAAAAAAAAAAAAAUAUUUGCAACUACUGGAACAGGGGUGAGCAAACUACAGCCCGGGGGCCACAUCCAGCUCUUCAGACAUUUUAAUCCAGCCCUCGAGCUCUCGCUGAGGAGCAGGGUCCGGGGCUUGCCCCGCUCUGGCGCUCCAGCCAGGAAGCGGAGUCGGGGGGUUGCCCCACUCUGCACGUGCCAUGGCUCCGCAUGGCUCCCGGAAGCCAUGGCAUGUCCCCCCCUCUGGCUCCUACACAUAGGGGCAGCCAGGGGGUUCACACAGCCAGGGGAACCGCGGCCAAUGGAAGCUGCAGGGGCAGCACCUGUGGAUGGGGCAGCGCGCUUGGCCUGGCCGCGCUUCCACAUCGGAGCCAGAAAGGUGACAUGCCACUGCUUCCAGGAGCUGCUUGAGGUAAGCACUGCCCUGAGUCUGCAUCCCCGACCCCUUCCAGCACCCCAACUCCCUGCCCCAUCCCUGAUCCCCCUCCCACCCUCCAAACCUCUUGGUCCCAGCCUGGAACAGCCCCACCCCAGAGCCCACACACCCAGCCGGAGCCCUCGCACCCCCGCACCUCAACUCUCUGCCCCAGUCCAGAGCCCCCUCCCACACCCUGAACUCAUUUUGAGCUCCACCCCAGAACCCACACCCCCAGCCAGAGCCUUCACCCCCUCCCACACCCCAACCCCCAAUUUCGUGAGCAUUCAUGGCCUGCCGUACAAUUUCCAUACUCAGAUGUGGCCCUCAGGCCAAAAAGUUUGUCCACCACUGUACUAGAACAUGCUAACAGUUUACACUGCAUGAAGUUUCGAGUUCAAUUUUCAAAAAUGAAAACUGCUCAAUUACAUUACAUAUCAACGAAAUGAAAAAUAUUCUUGCAUUGUAGCCAAACACAUUUUAAUUAUUAGUCUUUCUUAUUCAGAAUUAUGACUGAGCACAACUAAUAAUUCUACAAGCUAGGUAUUCAGUUCAUGGGUUUGUAUAUUUUACAGCAGUGUCUGACAUUGUAAAUCAAGGAACAAAUAAACUUAGAAUAGUACCAAUUAAUAAGUGAAUGUCCUAAGCCUUAUGAUGCUAAUAUACUGAACAAUUGUACUUCAGACAGUUAGCUUCUUACUCUGCAUCUUUAGUCAAGAUGUCAUCAUGUUAUAUUUAUAGUACCUGCAAUAAAGCUGAAUUAGUUACAGUAAA